AUGGCCCGGCUGGGCGCGCUGCUGCUGGCCGCCGCCCUGGGCGCGCUGCUCAGCUUCGCGCUGCUGGCCGCCGCGGUCGCCAGCGACUACUGGUACGUCCUGGAGGUGGCGGACGCCCGCGAGCAGCUCUCCUCGCACUCGGGGCUCUGGCGCACCUGCGAAGGGCAGAGCGGCUGCGUUCCCCUGAUGGACCCCUUCACCAGCCAGGGCCCGGACGUCUCCGCCUCAGUGCUGCACCUCCUCUCGCUGCACCGUGCCGUCAUGGUGGUCCUUCCGUUGAGCCUAAUCCUCAUUGCCUGCGGCUGGGUCUGCGGCCUUCUCAGCUCCCUGGCCCGGAGUGUCCCUCUGCUGCUACUCACUGGCUGCUACUUCUUGCUGGGGGGUGCCCUGACUCUGGCAGGGGUCAGCGUCUAUAUCAGCUACUCGCACCUGGCCUUUGUGGAGACGGCCCGCCAGUACGGCCUGCAGCAUGUGCAGGGUGUCCGCAUCAGCUUCGGCUGGUCGGUGGCCCUGGCCUGGGGCUCCUGCGUCUUGGAGGCGCUCAGUGGCACCCUCCUGCUGGCAGCCGCCCGAGCCCUCAGCCUGAGCAGGCUCCCGGGUGCUCCCCACUCUGUGGUCAUCUGAGUCCUGGCGGGUGGUGGGAGGGGACAGUGCUUGGCUUCCCGUGGCAUCUCCUGGGAGUCCCAGUCCACAGGCCUGGCUAGAGUCCUGGCCUGGAAGCCGCCCUGGUGGCCCACUGGGGAAGCUCCCCUGCCCAGUCAUCUCUUCAGGUACUAAUAGGGUUACCCCUCUUAGAGACAAGGACAGAGGCCAGGGCCCCACGGCCACACGGGUUCUUGUGGCAGUUGGGUGGGGCGCCUUGGGCUCCUGGGCUCUCUGGGGGGUCUUGCCUCUCAGGUAUGGCGGGCACUCCCCCUCACUCCUGCUGUGCUGCCCUCAGCCGCCCACAUUCCUAGGGACCUGGGACGGUCCUGAUGAGGGUUGGUGGCAGAGGGCACAGGUGUGUGUUAAAUAUGGCUGGCUAGCCCUGCUCCCCAGCCCUCCAGCCCUGUGCAGUGGUUAGCUUUCACCCUGGGUUGCCGCGGGAGACUGAGGCCCAGACCACUCAGGAGCCAAGGGCAGAACCCCAUGGUCUGGUAGGUUGGUGGGACCUCCCAGGCCUCUGUUCUGUCCUCGUGCUCCAGAGCAGAGUUGGUGGGGAGGACAAGGCUGAGGUCCCUUUAGUUUGUAGGCACAGAGGGACCCUCUCCUUCCCCAUGUGCCUAUGCCCCUCUUUUCUUCCCACCAGGUGGGUGACUCUGGAUGCAUCCAGGCGGGGCGUAUACUGUGGGCCAUUGCUCCUGCUC